UUUAUUUGUGGACUUUUGUAAUCAUAAUUUUAAUGGGCUAAAAAAAUUAUUUGAAAAAAUAAAUGGAAUAAAUAAAACUGUAAAAGGAAAAAUGUAAUGACACUUAAAAUUAAAUGACAAUUUGUGCUAAGGUGUAUAUCCACCGAAAGAAGUAAUUUUUGUUUUAAUCUAAAUGUGUAGUUUACAGUAAAUAGUAAUACACUGUAAUAUGUCACUAGGUUCAAUUCCUGGGAAAUUUGCAUGCUGAUAAAAUAAAUUCAUUACAGCUGAACAAACUUUCUGUAUAUGACGCGUUUGUGAGAGCCAGUAGACACUAAAGACACCAGCCGUCGGUCCAACCUCGAAAGAGCUCAUUGUCAGAUAUGUGGAAAACCAUGAUGUCACAUUAUGCAAAGCACUGCUGGAAAACGUUGACAGCGAGACUUUAAACUGGUGUUGAGUCUUUGGCGCUCAACUGCUGGUAGAUUCAGUUUAACACAGGAGUGAUGAAAGACUGGCAACUUGGAUUCUCUUCUAGAGCUCAAAAUAACAAAACAAGAGUUUCUUCCAUUUCUGGUGAAAAUUUCACACCAAGCAUCUUCAUGAAAGACUUGGAUUCACCUCCAGAAAGAAUGAGCACAUUAUCAGAAAAGAAGAGCAAUGGAAGUGAUGGGGAGAGCAUGAGAGAUGCCAUAGAAGAAAGGAUUUUUGAUUUCUCUCCAUCCUCCAUCAAUCAAAGUAAUCAUAUCAAGAAAACUGGCUUCAGAGCCAGACCUAAACUGGCAUCUGCUCAUGCCGUACUUUCAUCCAAGCUAGAAGAUCCAGCAGAAAUGCAGACAAAUGCAUAUGAGAAAGCAGAGGAUAUGAAACCAGAACCUCCGGAGAAUGUUUGCGUGGAUCCCCUACCAAUACCUGCAGGAGAAACGACCAAGGACAAAGACGUAGAAGAGAAGAAAGUGAAAGAGAGGGUUACGGUAGGUGAAAAUCUUGUUGAAGAUGGUUCAAAAGUGACAUUGAAUGCAGCAACUAGGAAAAGUCUGUGGAGAAGCAAGAUCGAACUGAGGGAAAGACUGAAGGAAGGGAUGCGGGAAAGGCUGGGAGCAAGUUUGGAGAGUAUCGAUGAGAGUAACGAGGGAGAUUUCGGCAACAAACAACGGCACAGGAAGAAGAGCUGGGGUUCAAGACAGAGAAACACAAAAACGCUUGGGUCGUCACGGGAUGGAGAACAUGAUGUGGAGGAAAGUAUGGAGAAAGAUGAGGAAGAAUUAGUUCCACACCCUGUUCUCUCUCGGGUUCUAUUUCACUCCUCAGCUUCAUCCUCUUCUUCCUUCAACAACUCCUCAGCAGAGAGCGAUGAGGUUUUCAGUGAAAAUGAGGACACUGCUGCCAGGAGAAAGACCAUGAAGAAGUGUCGAUCCUGGAGAACGUUUCUGACCAUGAUGCAGUGGUCCAAACGUACACAAAGCUCCUGGAUCCAGCUAGCAGGACACCAAGGUAACGUGAGGCUGAGUGAGGGUGGCGAGGUGUUGAAGAGGUUUUGUGAGGUGGAGGCCAUCUGUUUACAGGCCCUCAUGUCUGAUGCGCUCUGUCAGUUCGUGCCUCAUUAUUUCGGGCACAUCAGUCAGGAUGGAGAGCAAUACAUCCGACUAGAGGAUCUGCUUAGCGGGCUAAAAAAUCCUGUCAUCAUGGACUGCAAAAUGGGUGUCCGGACAUACCAAGAGGAGGAGAUCAUAAAGGCCAGAGGCAACGCCAGUGUACGCUCUGAUAUGUAUCAAAAGAUGGUGAAAGUAGAUCCGGCAGCUCCUACUGCAGAAGAACAUACACAGAAAGGUGUAACGAAGCUGCGUUACCUGCAAUGGAGGGAUGACAGCAGUUCCACCUCCUCACUGGGAUUCCGCAUAGAAGGCAUAGUGAUGGGAAAUGGUAAAGUAUUACGUGAAUUUUACAAGACACGCACAGAAGCUCAAGUGACAGAAACACUGUUAAACUUCACCAGGGGGCAGGUUCACAUUCUAGAGGCCUACGAAUCCAGAUUACAGGCACUGAAUGAAGCACUCAAGGAGUCAAUCUUUUUCAACAGACAUGAGAUCAUAGGCAGCUCUCUACUUUUCGUCCAUGACUGCAGCAGCAAAGCAAACAUAUGGAUGAUCGAUUUUGGAAAGACCGUUCCAACCCCAGAGGACGUCCACCUGAGGCACGAUAUUCCAUGGGUGGAGGGAAACAGGGAGGAUGGCUACCUCAUUGGUCUGACCUCGCUCAUCACAUUGCUGGGAGAAGCCAUCAAGCAAGCAGAGGAGCAAAGCUGAGAGUGACCUCAUAUAUAGCCUGUAUAGACUGUUUCACAGACAACAACAAACGCUACUGCGCAUGCAUGCUUUUGUGGCACUAGCGUAACUUCCGGUAGACAUCCUAAUAGAAUGUUUGCUGCGUAAAUCAGACGGAUUUAUUAAAAAAGCACAGUGAUCUGAGACCAACUUAUUAGCGCACACAAACCAGACGUUAACCUCGGGCCAGGUGCGUGCGCCCGAUGAAACUGUCUAUACUCACAUAUACAGAUGAUGUUCAUGUUGGAUCUAUCAAUACACAACCAUCCAGUCUUUUGGGCAUUAUACUUCUUUAAAGGUCUAUAAAGCUUUACACUUAACAGUAUUAACUAAGCACUUGUGUUGCUGUUGAUCUUUAAAUGUUCUUGUGGUAUUUGUUACCUUUUUUAACAUAUAAAAGUUUGUCUAUUAAA